AAUAAUUUGUCUUUCAAUUUAGUUUACAAUUAUUUGUUUCAUUUUUCAAAUAAUAUUUUUUUCGUUCAAAACAUUGUUGAAUAUAAAUAUUUUUCAUUAAGUGCUCAACGGAAAAAUAUUUGUUUGGAUGAAUGUACAAUUUCGAGCAUGCCUGCGCAUGCGUAUUAAACAAAAAAAGCGACGACCAGCCACCUGAUCUUCAAGUCAACGGUGGAUCGCCACGACGCCUUUGAAGAAUAUCUGAGUUCCGAGGUGGAAACAUCUGAUCAACCAUAACCUUAUCAUAGCUGCUGUUACGGUGGGAGAAACCUUCUAAAACUAUUUCUGCAGACUCCAAAUUUUGGCAGUUUUGGGGUAAGUUUUGUUUUUGUUUAUUUUGGUAGGGGCAGAGGGUUCUUGGUAAACACAUGGAUGUGGAGAUGCAAGCAUUGUGGACAUUGUUGUACCAGAAGAUCUGAACUGCUAAAACAUUAUAGACUCAGUCAUCACCAUUAUGGAAGGCACCACUUUCUCUGCCUGUAUGAAAGCUGCCCAUUUUCAAGCAAAACAUGGAAUGCUCUGCUGAAGCAUCUAUCUACACACCACCCUUCUUCACAUUCCUCAAGAGAAGACAUCUCACAUUUUAAGUGCCACGUUUGUGACUACAGUCAACUUGCUUCUGAAACGGACUUUUUUCACCAUAUUGGCCAACAUUUAAAAAAUAAUGAAUCAGUUACUUGUAUGUAUGUUGGCUGUUCAUAUCAAACCAAUGUAUAUGGAAGUUUCCACACUCACAAAUGGAGAAAACACAAAGUGUGUACAACAAGAGAUUUAAAACCUGGAAUUGUUCAUAGAUCACACUUUAAUCCAUCUGCUUUAGAUUCAGUUGACUCUGACAUUGAUUUAAAUGAGGAUCUACUAGUUGAAGAACCAACUUUGGAAGAACCUAGACAUUAUACAGAAGAAGUUGAGCUAAAGUUAGCCUCAGUUCUACUGAAAUUGGAACAUAGUUACCUGGUGUCAAGUGCAGCUGUAAAUGUACUCCUUGAGGAACUGCAGUAUGUCAUUGGGACUGUGUCUAUUCCAGACACUCAGAAGACAAUUACUGAAUUUUUAGUGGAUCAUAAUUGUCAGGUUGUUGGGUCAUUAGUCCAAGAGUUAGCCAAAGAACUUUGUACCGCACAUCCUAUUCAACUUGCUAUUGGAAAAGACGGCCCUCUAUCUACUGCAUAUAGGCGCAACAAAUAUUAUAGACGUAAUUUCUUUGUAGUGGAAUCUGUGGAAUAUGUAUUGGAUAAAAAGAACAGAAGAUCAUUUCAGUAUAUUCCCUUAUUAAAAUUAUUGCAGCAGGUUUUAAAUUGUGAGACUAUCCUCAGCAAUGCAGUUAAUUUAAAGGAGAAACUUCAAUCGGUGUCAAGUGAGAAGCAGGUUUACAGAUGUCUCUGGGAUGGUGAAAUUUUUAAAGAACACAGCCUUUUCUCAAACGAGUGUGCAAUUUCAAUAAUUCUGUACAUAGAUGAUUUUGAGGUUUGCAAUCCUCUUGGCACCUCACGCAAAAAACAUAAAAUCUGUGCCCUAUACUGGAUUUUAGGCAAUCUGCCGCCUGGUUUGCACUCUGCAUUGUCAUCAAUCUACUUGGCUGCAUUGAUCAAAAGUGAGGAUGUAAAUGAGUAUGGAUAUAGCGCUGCUCUAGAACCUUUAAUUAAGGACUUGGUUAUUUUAGAGCAACAUGGUAUAUUUGUGAGCAAGUUAGGAAAAUGUGUAAAGGGGACAGUGCAAUGUGUUGUUGCGGACAACCUGGGUGCGCAUGGUUGUGCUGGUUUUGUGGAGAGUUUUUCGAGUGCUUAUGUUUGUAGGUUUUGUACGGCCUCGAAACCAGAAAUUCAGACAAGGGACGUGGGCAGUGGAACAUUUUCUUUAAGGACAGAGGAAAGUCACGCAAGACAUCUUAAAACACUUGAGGAGGAAUCGUUGGCCAGUUGUUUUGGUGUUAAGAAGACUUGUGUUUUGUCAGAAAAACUUGCUCAUUUUAAUGUCACUACUGGCUUUCCACCGGACAUAGUGCAUGAUUUAUUUGAAGGAAUUGUUCCUUUCGAAAUAGCUCUUUGUCUUUCUGUCUUCACCGCAAAGAAAUACUUCACUUUGGAAUUUUUGAAUGACUCCAUAAAUACAUUCCCCUUCAAGUGGAAAGAUAAAGCAAAUUCUCCCCAUCCUGUGCCACCUACAUAUGCAAAAAGAAAAACAGUUGGUGGCAAUUCUCAUGAGAAUUGGAGUUUGAUCAGGUUUUUGCCACUUCUCUUGGGACAUAAAGUACCUGCUGACGAACCUGCUUGGAAUCUCCUCACAGACUUAAAGGACAUUGUUGACCUUGUUGUCACACCUGUGCAUACUGAUGAAACAAUAGCUUACUUAAAUUUCAAAAUCUCUGAGCAUAGAGUACGGUUCAAAGAGGUUUUCCCAGACUCAAACUUGCUUCCAAAGCAUCACUUUUUGGAACACUAUCCACAGCUAAUUUAUCAGUUUGGACCUCUUGUUUUGCUCUGGACUUUAAGAUUUGAAGGGAAACAUAGCUUUUUUAAGAGAGUUGUACGACACACUACCUGCUUUAAAAACGUGUUGUUUUCCUUGGCAGAGAGACACCAGUUAUCUCUGGCACACCAGCUCUACUCAUUCAACUUUCCUAAACCUCUCUUGGAAGUUAAGCAUUGCUCAACUGUUAGCACUGAUGUCCUGAAAGAUGAAAUUGCACAGGCUGUUAAACAGAAACACCCAAAUGUGAAGGAAGUUUCUUUGACUGAAAAUGUAAUCUAUAAUGGAUUUAACUACAGACUUGGAAUGAUCCUUUCAUAUGGCUCAAUUGAAGGAAUUCCUGCCUUCACUGAAAUCAUCCAGAUGGUGGUCCUCAAAAACGAGUUGGCCUUUGUUGUUCGCAAACUAAGUUCUUGGUACAUAGAACACUUCAGAGCUUUUCAACUUGAAACCUCACCUUCAAAGGAGAUUGAAGUUCUGGAGCCAUCUCAACUGACCGAUCCUUAUCCCCUGGUAGACUACACAGUUGGGGCUAUGCGGCUUAUUACACUCAAACGAUAUAUUCACAUUUAAGGAUCUCAAAGCAUGGCAGGCAUCACACGGCUCCUGGUUAUUUUAGGAGAGGACAACCAGAUCAAAUUGAACCUUUCAAGUAACAACUUAUCUGUUGAUGAAGUCAUCCAGGAAAUAAAGUGUGUCUGCGGUCUUACGAAUGAAAUACGACUUCAGUACAAUGAUGCUGAUUUUGGCACUUGGGUUAACUUAACUUCAACCUCACAACUCAAGGAUCUAGGCACUUUGAAAGUUAUUCCAGUAGAACCCACUGUUACUUUAUUUUUGGAGCCAGUUGGCACGUCUGUGAAUAAGGCCAGUUUUCUCAGUCAAGAUGAUUCAAGCAUCUCUGCAAGCUCGGAUGACACACUACCCAUAAGCAGUGCUUCCUCUGACACCUAUAGAAAGGAGCAGUGGCCCAAGGUGUUUGUCAUCCCAACUUUCUCUCAUUCAACAGAAUCCCAACUUAGGGAUGGAAAUGCUGAGUAUCAGAGAAGCCAGGCUAGACUCACUCCCAGUUCCAAAAUGCUUUCAAACAUUCUGGAAACGCUCGCCGACAAAGUCUAUUCUUACAGAUCCUAUCCUAGCGAUGCAGACUUGAGUGAGGUGGCAGAGGCACUCACACAGACACACCCCUGUCUGAAAGAACCUGGGUCCUUUAACCACAGUUAUGGAUGGAAACAAAGACUUAAGACAAAGAUGUAUAACUAUCGCACAUACCUGAAAUCGCACAGUUCAUCAUCUGAUGAGCUGUCUGUCAAUACAGUGAAAAGAAAGUCCUCGAUGGAUUCUCACCCUGCAAAGAACAUAAAGAAACCCAGGCGAGCUGAGUCUAACCAUUACCCAUCUCUACCUCUCAACAAGACCCCGGAGUUGAUGGAGCAAGAGAGAAUUGCCCUAUUGUCUGAGGUAAAGAAAAGGAACAAUGUCAAAACAAUUAGAGAGAAGAUGGCACAGACGUUCGCAUUUAGGAGGCAAGAAAUUGUCGACAAGAAAACACCUUUGCUCAGUAUCAUUGAAAGAUGGCCGGCACUCAUUGACGUUCAAGAGGUGAACGCAGAGUUCUUGAGAGUAACCACAAUACCACUUGAAGCAAGAUUCAUGCAGAACCUUGAUGAGAAAUGCACUGAAAUGAUAAAGGUUAUCAGAAAGAAGGGAGGAGCCAUUCGGGAGAAGACAAGGCUGCUGCCAGUUGUAGAAAAGGAUACUGACACGGCUACAAAGAGAGAGAUUGCACUUAAAUGUCUCAUCCUUAACAUGGGAGAAGCAGUGGAGGACCUCAUCAAAGAUUUCCUGGUGUCAGAGAAGGAAGAGGCUGAAGCAAUUCUUCAACAGGAAACCAUGGCAAUAUUUGUCUUUAGAGAUGCCCAAGCUGUACCCAAAGACAUUGGCAUCGUACUGGAGGGACAAAAGGUUCUGAGCGAGUUGCCAUCCAUUGCAAAUGCUGUUGCCAUUCUCCUGGGGCUCCUUUAUACCCUCAAUUUGGAAUAUCCAAAGACACUGAAACUGACAUUUGAGUACAUACAGAAAGUCAUCAUGGAGCUGGACCCAAAAGGCAUGACCAAUAAAGUCAAGCGGCUCUACGACCAACUCUACAAUAGAGCUUAAUUCAGGGUUCCCACACAUCCCUGCAAAUGUUUACCCUGCAAUUCAUUUUGUGUUUGAGUAGCUGGCUAUGGUUCGGCAGUUGGUUCAGUAUUUUUAGUAGUAUAAUCUGUCAAGCCUUGGCAAUCAGCUGUUCUAAAUGCUGCCAAUUUAUUUAAGUUUACAUUGUAUUAUGACGGUGUACGCAACAACUCCAUACUUGCGUUCUGUUUCAAACUUUUUUUUUUUUUUUUUUUUGGCUGGUGGAUAUUAUUU